AUGAACCACCAUUCUCCCCAGCCCUCAAAGAAGGAAGACGCUUCAGAGGCCGACGAACUCCAAGAGACUAUUGAGACAGAAGCAAGCGCAGAUACAAGCAUCACGGUCGACUGUCCCGUCUGGCCGAAGUCAAAGCGGUACCUUGCCAGGUUGAAACGAGAAGAUCUAUAUACCGGACACGACGCCCCUUCGCUGCCGGGCACGCGUCGGCUCGAGAUUGACUACGCAGUCAAGCCCGGCAGCUUCUGGUUGAAACUACGCCAGUACAAAAACGCGAGGUUUAAGGAUCCAGUCGACGUAACCUAUUCCGCUGGCGACAUCGUCUACGUCAACCGUCGCCUCCCUGUACCAGCGCCACUCUCUACCGACGCGUCGACGGACGAAAGACUUGCGUACGACAAGGAAAACCUUUGGGUAGGACAAAUCGCCGAGUUCCGCGCCGCUUCCACCAACAAAGUCUUUGUGAGAGUGUUCUGGCUCUAUUGGCCGGAUGAACUACCGAUGCAUCGACAACCUUACCACGGGAAUCGAGAACUGGUGAUGAGCAACCACGUCGACAUCAUUGAGGCGCAGACAAUCGCAUGUCACGCGGAUAUCAGCUACUGGGAUGAAUACGACGAUUCUAACAAGACGGUGCUUGAUGAGCGAUACUGGCGGCAAACGUACGACGUGACCAAGAUGCUGACCGCCCCGCAUCUUGCGCUGAGCAAGCUACGGAAGUUCUGCAUCUGUGGAGGCUAUGACAAUCCUGGAAUCGACAUGUUCCAGUGCCAUAUGACUGGCUGCGGGAUGUGGAAUCAUGAACAGUGCUUGAUAGCAGAUAUUGAGGAGAGGGCCUGGGAGAAGUUCAAGGCUGGCCUACUCGGCCACGAAACGCAGGAGACGGAGGAACACAAGACUUUCGGUCAGAAAGUCGUAGAAAAGGUUGGCCAUCUUGUGGGAAAGGGUAUCGGUGUCUCCGAGGUCCAGGACGAGGCGCACUUGGACAGGAUCCCGAGCAGCAGCAGCAAGCACGCUAAGCUGGUACCUGGUCAUAAGAAGCCUUGGGCUGGCAAAUUGGAAGCCAGGAUCACGAAGGUGCGGAAGGCGGAAGACGAGACCACCCAUCAUGCCACUGUCCGACAGCUCGUGCCCACGGCGAACACCAAAGCGAAGCCUUCCUUCGAACCAAAGAUAUGGAACAUGGAAAUGAAGUGCCUCAGGUGCCACCACUCCCUAAAUUAG